UUCUGGCCGGCGCGGUGCGGCAGGGGGCGGUUGGCAGCGAGCGGAACGGUUGCGAUGGCGAGCGGCAGCCUGGCGGGCGCGGCGGCGGCAACCGAGAAUGGCAUUUGCAGCGCCAAUGGCCCCCUCCGCCUCGCAGCCGGCUGCUCGUGGGAGUGCGUGUCCCCCUCGUCUCUUGGGGGCCUGGCGGACACCCUGCGCCUCCUUCCCGAGGGAGCCAGUGAGGGCGAGGCGCUGGCGCCGCCCGAGAACGGUGAGAACUCUGUGGUUUUGGAGAGGUGCUUAAAUGAUGAAAAGGAAACUCCUUGCUUACUGUACCUGCAGUGUGAUCCUCAUGGAUCUGAGGAAAUAGUCUGUGUUGGAAUUUUAAGUGAGGCAAGAAACAUGGAAGUAUAUGUAGGAGAAGAGUAUUGUGGAACUGGUAGGGGACAGACUGUCUGCACCAUCCAGAAUGAUAGAAAUGACAAGGUUACUUUAUACAAAAAAUAUCUUAAAUUGGAGUACUCAACAACCUCUUGUAGAAUUAAGCUGCUCUCCAUUGGUGAAAGACAAAGAGUGCUCAUAACUAAAAUUGUAGUACAAGUAAAAUCAGUUUCUGCAAAAUCUGCCUCAGAUCUUCCUUCACUAGGAUCAAGCGUAGAUCUAGACAGAGUUCAAACUAUGGUGGAAUCCAUGGGGUCAAAGUUAUCUCCAGGUGCUCAGCAACUCAUGAAUAUGGUACGACUUCAGCAGAAGAACAGUUUUCCUCUUGGAGACAAACUUCAAUGUAUCUUUGGAAAAAAGGAAUCUGUCUUUGGAGACAAGCAUACAAUUGAUGGAUUGCACAAUGCAGCUGCUUUUAGAGGACUAAAUCAAUCAUCCAAUGCACCCUUUCCUUUAAAAAGUUGUUUGACAACUGAAACAGUUUUUGAAGAUUUAAAAACACAUACUGACAUGAACACACGGAUACCUGGUAGAGAGAAUAUUCCUGAUCUUGAAAGACUUAAAACUAUGCAACAAAGCACUCUUCUUCCCGGAAAUGAUUUUAAAGUUAUGUUGUCAUCGUUCAUGCAAGAGCAAGCAAGUGUAAACCCAAAUAUGCCCAGUUCUGGGCUGCUGCUUCCUUUUCUUCAAAACUUAUGUAGUCAAGUAAAUCAUCUUCAGCUCAAUGAUGGGAAUAAGCAUUUUGAGAAGAGUACAGUAGUUAAAGGGGAAGGCAUUCAAACUGUUGGAAUGGAACAGCAGCCUAUUUGCUCCUACUUGGAAAAGGUCAUAUCCAAAAAUAUGGAACUGAUGGAGAAAAAACUAAUGGACUAUAUUGAUCUAAGUAUGCAGAAACUUCAGGAACAUAUAGAUACUAAAGUUGUUCUGUUAAUGGAUGUGGUUCAAAACUCCAAAUCGAACAAAAUGUCACAAGAACAAUAUGACUCUGGAGAAGGACUCUCUAAUGGAGAGAGAUAGAAAAUAUUUGAAAAAGACAGGACCUCAAUAUAAAUACUUUCCAGGGGCAAGUAUUUAUUCUGAUGUCUUUACAAAGCUUAAUAUUUAUUAAACUAAUUCUAACCCCCCCCCAAGUUGUUACAUGUUACUGUAAUUUUGCUCAGUAUUGUACACUAAAUGUUACUGUUAUAAAACAUCUGUAAUCUUUAAAAAUCUAUUUUUCAUAAGUGUAAAUUUUGUAUGUAUUUGUGGCUUAUUUAGUUUAAAAUAUUUCUAAAAAGCCACUUGGAAUACGUUUUGUCAACCUCUACUUGAACUAUGAAAUGUGCUAUAAAUAAAGUGAGUUGUAACGUUUCUAUUUAUAUU